AUGACAUCACCACUUAUCCCCACUCCACUCAAUCUUUGGAUCCCACAGAAUUUGAAUACUUACGAGCUUUGGUAUUUCCUGCUAAAAUUUUGGCCCGAGUCGCAGUCUUUUCUAGAUGGUCGAAGAUGGCACGUCCUUCGUUCAAUAGCAAUUUUUAAUACGGAUUGUUUGAUUGCUGUUGAGUAUUUCGGGAAUUUUGGGGAUGGUUUCCCUGACAACAGCUCAAAUUAUCCGCUGAGAAAUGAUAACAUUCCUGAAAUGGAAAUCGAAGAAGAAACACUUCUUGCGAAGGAAAGUUUAUUGGAAAUGUCGGCAAGAAUUGGAUAUCAGCUGGAGGAUAUAUCGAGAUAUCUGGAUGGUUUAAGAGAGCAAAGGAAAGCAAGUGAAGAUAUUAUUGGACACUUGAAGAAAGAGCGAGAAUUAAUCUCAUUACAGAUUGAUGAACUGCGUAUGAAACUCAAUGCGUUAGAUACGAGAAUAGGGAAAGAGGAGGAGAUUUGUUCACGUUUGGAAAGAACGAUAGCGCAUGCAAAUGAAACAUAUGAAAAACUUGUCGAAUCCUCUCAAAGUUUAGUGGACUAUGUUAAAAAAGAAUAUGAAGGUGCUCGCAGUUCAGGAUCAUCACUUAUUUGA